CAGUGCGCGCCACAACCUCGUCGUAUCAGCAUUCAUUUUAUUCUUCAUUUUGAAAUAAAUAUUGAAUGAUUCGUGGGUGGUUAAUAUAUAUAUUUUUAUUUUUGUUAUAAUUUAUUUACAAGUUUUUUCAUUAUCUCAUUGUUGUUGAUGUUUUUAUCUUUUUCUAUAAUUUAAGUUAUUGUUUUUAUUUUUGUUAUUAUUAUUUUUAAUGAUCAGUAAUUGUUAUACGACUUACUAAUAAAUUUUUUUUUAACUUGUGCAAAACUAUGGAAAACUAUAAAAUGAAUAUAUCAAGUAAAUAUUGAUGAUGGAAGUAAAGUUUGAAAGUCAAGUCGUCAAAGAUAGGACAUGUGAAAAAAGUUAUUAAAAAAAAAACAAAAAAAAAAAAACACGACGAAUAUUUACGUCGUUGAUAUAUACAUGAAAUAUCAAGAGAUAAAAAAAAAAACUGAAAGUUGAGUGAUUCCCUUGAAGAUUUGCUGACGACGAAAGAGGAAGUAAAAAAAGUCAUUUUUAAUCCAGCUUAUCCAAAUAAGCGGAUUAAAUCAAAGCAAAAGCAAGUUGAUAUAUUAAUGAAAGGAGUAGACUUUUGAUUUGUCACAAAAUAAUAACUAUAAUAACGGAGUGAUGAAAUAAUCAAAGUAACAAAAUUUACUUUGAAUCAAUAAAUAAUCCUAAUUGAAUAAUUUGUGGUAUAUGUGAUUAUAGGAUUAUUCAUUGAGCUAAUUUUUGAAAAGUUAAAUGUUACAUUCAUGAGUACUUUACGAGUGACAAAAUUACAUGGUAUAAACUACCAAGGAUGAUUGAAAAUAUUUUACAUAAAACAAUGUUCAUUCGUAUUUUAAUAUGUCUUCUCGGUAUUAUUGUACUUAUCAAUGAUACCGAGGCAAGCUGGGAGGAUUGGUGGACCUACGAUGGAAUAUCUGGUCCAUCAUUCUGGGGCUUAAUAAAUCCACAGUGGUCUUUGUGCAGCAAAGGAAGACGCCAGAGUCCCAUCAACAUUGAGCCAGACAAGUUGUUGUUCGAUCCACACUUGAGGCCGGUUCAGGUGGACAAACACAAGGUCGCUGGUAGUUUACAUAAUACUGGACAAUUUUUGGUAUUUAAAGCCGAUAAGGAUGCCAAGACCAGAGUCAAUAUAACUGGCGGACCUUUGGCUUAUCAUUAUCAAUUUGAAGAAAUUUAUAUUCAUUAUGGAAUGGAAAAUGGUCAUGGAUCAGAGCAUCGAGUUAACAAUUAUGCAUUUCCAGCUGAGAUUCAAGUAUAUGGCUUUAAUGCAGAGCUGUAUCAUAAUAUGAGUGAAGCACAACACAAAAGCCAGGGCCUUGUUGCCCUUUCUAUUAUGGUUCAGCUUGGUGAAAAACCGAAUCCAGAACUUCGAAUUAUAACCAGUGUAUUCAACAAAGUUCAAUACCGAACACAAACAGCUCCAGUGGGUCAUCUAUCCUUGAGAGAACUCCUCCCGGAAACUGAUGGCUACAUGACGUAUGAGGGUAGCACAACACAUCCUGGCUGUUGGGAAACUGCUGUCUGGCUAAUACUCAACAAGCCAAUCUACAUCAGUGCACAAGAGCUCUAUGCAUUGAGAAGACUGAUGCAAGGAACUGAAUUAACACCAAAAGCGCCACUAGGUAAUAAUGCAAGACCAUUGCAGGGUCUUCAUCAUAGAACGAUUCGAACAAAUAUUGAUUUUCGUAAACCACCUGAUUCAAAAUGUCCAUCAAUGACACCAGACACACGAUACAGAGCAAAUACGUGGCAAGACGAUGGCUCACUAACGCAUAAUGUCGUUUGAAUAAUUAUUAUCUAUCGAGUAAAUUAUAAAUUACUGAAUAUAAAAAAAAAAAAAAAAACAAAAGAAAAAAAUCAAAGUAAUUAAUUAAAAAAGACAGCAGCAGUGCUUUAAAGUAAAAUCAAAAAUACAUACCUACAUCAUCCAUUACAAUUAUAUCAUAAAAAAAAAAAAAAAAAAAAUCAAUAAUCAACAGAGCUUUAUGUGUUCCAAUAUAAAUAAAUAGUUAUAUUUAUAAAAAUACAGUCAAAAAAUAAAACGAAAAAUAUAAUGAUUGAAAAAUAUAAAUUGACAGAUUAUUGUCACUUAUUAUGCAGACAAAAGGAACAUUGAAAAAUUUAUAUAUAUAUUUACACAUAUAAAAAAAAGUGUUAAAGUCUACAACGUUUCCCGUCAUCAGCAUAACUUGAUCUCAAGAGACAGUUUGUAUAUCUGUAAAGAUGGUAAUUAAAUUUGAAAAGUGUCCCUCGUGAAUGUCCCUUGAAAGCGUGAACGAAUACGAUGAGGAAAGUUACUGACAGAAUAUAAAACCAGCAAAGUUACCCUAGUCAGCAAUUUUGUAAUCGUCAACGGGAACAUGACUAAUGAAAUGACGUUAAAGAGGUUUAAUUAAGAAACAAAAAACUCUUUAGAAAAAAAAAAAAAAAAUGAAAAUAUUAAGAUAGACCAAAAAUAUACAGCAUGUAGUUUUCGGAAGAAAAAAAAAUAAU